AUGUCUUCAACGCGCAACACUGCACUGCGGGAGACAACCCACUCCUUCUGCCGCGCGUUGAUAUCGCCGCCUCCUCCCUCAGACCUCCUAUUGCAGUACUUCAGCAAUGCGCCCAAGAUCACGGAGCACGGCCCUGAGUGGUCACGUUCGCGGCUACCUUUCUUAGCUAAGACCUUUUCUGGUAGAGAUGGAUGCGAGGAGUAUUUCAAGGUGAUGACUGAUGUACUGGACAUGUCUUUGCCCGAGGAUGCAUUCCCGGGAAAGGAGGGGUUCAUUGUGGAUGCAGAGGCGGGAAUGGUAAGUGUCGUUGGUAAAGGACGAUUUACAAGUAGGAAAACGGGCAAGGGAUGGAACGAACAAUUCAUCUAUAGGUUUAGUGGGUUUGAUGAGCAGGGCAAGAUAGGGCAUUGGGAGGUCUGGGCAGAUCCAUUGAGUGCCUGGAACGCUGUUGGAGAGUAA